UUGUCAAACUGAAAAAAUUGGUUUUCUUUCAAAACGGAAUGUCGACACUUAAAAGCGGUGACUUUGCAAGUCUGGUUAAACUGGAAAGCUUGCAUUUGUCAUGGAAUAACAUUUCGUUUGUUGAAUCUGGAUCAUUUUCUGGGCUUAUCAAAUUACAAACGCUGAAUUUGAACGGAAACGCGUUAAAACAGCUGGACAGUUCUCUCUUUUCUGAGCUGCAGAGUCUCCAAAAAUUAUAUUUGCAGGACAACAACAUCGAUAGUUUACCCUCAGAAUUGUUUCAAAAUACGACGAAUUUGAAGUUCGUGUUCCUCAGUAAUAACAGGAUUGCCAGUUUUCCGGACAAGUUGUUCUCCAAUUUAGCCAUGCUGACCGGCUUGUACGCCUCGGGAAAUAAACUCUCGGAUAUCCCCGUCGAUUUCUUCAACAGCACAACGGCAUUGCGUAUCCUGGAUCUGAAUGGCAAUCACCUGGGAAUGGUUAAUCCUGGCGCAUUUCGGAGACUGGAAAAGCUGGAAUAUUUAUCUUUAAGCAAUAACGAGAACGUCUCUGACGAUGGUAGAAGUAACAUCGAGACACUUUUGACGCGUGUGUCUAAAUAUUGGCCGAAAAUAAAGACAAUUCAUUCCAGUAACAACAGUAUAGUAAGCUUACAGGCUGGAGCUUUCAAGAAUUUGAAAACUCUGACUCGGUUGUAUUUGGAUAAUAACAAGCUGACGGAAAUACCACGUGAUGUGUUGGCAAACUCACCUCGGCUCAAAUAUGUGUAUCUCCAACAAAACAUGAUUAGUCGAAUCGACAAAAGUGUUAUCUUCGGCCUAGGAAUACAGCUGCGCGGAAUGAACUUAUCUCAUAAUGAUCUCUCCUCAGAGACAAUAUCAGAUCUUCUACAACGAAUUCCCGUAUUCUACCAUUUACGUAAACUGGAUUUGUCUUACAAUAAGUUACCAGCACUAACGCAAAACAUUACCAAAGGGUUCGUAAAUCUCUUCCAGGUGAGCUUUAGAAAUUGUUCUUUGACCGGAACCACUGACUUUGACGGAGCUAUGUUACCAGGACACAUUGACGUCUCCAGCAACCGUUUGAGGACAUUCGGAAAAAGUGAUGAGCUAGUAAUAAUCACAGGAUCCGUUGUAAAUGUUGACGUCUCAGGCAAUGAUCUUCAAGAGGUCAACGUUGUCUUUAAUCAGGAAAAAAUCACGAAUGGCCGUUUGGAUGCGAGUCAGAACCAGAUAGAAAAUGUGAUCAUUCAUGCCUCGCAGGAAGCGGCAUUUCAACUGCUUCGUUUUAGCAGAAACCGGGUCAGGCUUCCAUUGGUAUUCUCAAAUGAAACCUCUGUCGAGCUUUUGGAUCUUUCAGACAACUCCUUGGAACGUAUAACCAUAUUUCCCCUGAAGGUUUCAAAUGAUGGAUCAUCGCGAGAAUGGAAUCCUUGCGAGUCUUCUUUGGUUCACUCAUUGAAUCUUUCGCGGAACGCUAUUGUUGAUAUUUUUCCAAAUGCCUGUCUGGGUAGAGUUCAAAUCUUAGAUCUUAGUCACAACAAGCUAGAGAUAUUUAACUCCCUAAUGCCUAAAUCAGAUGCAUCAACAUUCCGACUCCUUCACCUAAAUUUAAUGGGCAACAGGCUAACAAUGAUAUCUCCAGACAGCUUUGGAGGUGUGAGCGAACUGGACCUUCGUUUGAACCAGAUUGCCUCCUUGAACAAAGCCUCGGAGCUUUUAUCAAAGACAAAGUUGCAAAAGCUGUAUUUGACUGGCAAUCCCUUAAUGUGUGAUUGUGAAGGGGCUUCUUUGAGAGGAAGUUCCAUGGUUAAUAGGCUGGACGGCGCUCGCUGUCAGUUCCCUCCGGAACUAAAUUUCUAUCUUGUGACUUGUUACUCUUUAGCCAGAUGUGCUUUGAAUUCCAUCUCUGAAACAAUAAAAUCAUCAGAUUCAACACCAACAACAGCACACUGUGAGAAGGACUUGGCGAUUUCAACGUGGCGUUUCUCCCUAGAUAGUAACAAUGACAGUGUGACGCUAGAAUGGUCUGUAUCAGGACCGGGGGCUGGCUACAUCGAUCAUUUUCGUUUGACGUCCAAAGACGUCUCGGACGCCAUGGUUCAACAACGCCUCAUUCCUGCCAGUAACCGAUCAGUUGUCUUGUUCGAUCUUCUCUGCGGGCAUCAAUACAGCAUUUGCGUGCAACCCAGGCUGUCCACGAGAACGACAACCGAUGCAGUGUGUCGGGAUGCGAAACUCUAUGAAACUCCUUGCAUUAAGCAAAGGAAUAACAAAUCAGUUGGCAUCGAGAACUUGACUUUCAGAAGAGACAACGAGACAUUGAUUCUCGAGUGGUCGGUCGUUGGUCCAGGGCAAGUCUACAUUCAAUAUCUGAGUCUAGAGUACACGGACUCUCUGCGCCCAUCUGCAGUGAUAAAGACAACUUUACAACCCGAUCAGCGGUCUCACGUGUUAUCGGACUUGCAGCUUGAUCACAGUUAUAACGCCUGUAUUACUGGUCAGCUUAACUACGGACCGUCCACUACACAGCUGUGCACCACGAUGACUUUGUCAGCAGCAUUGGCUCCGGGGACUGUUGAGCGGGAUACAGCCAUAGCGGUCGUUAUCAUCCUCAUCGCCAUUAUUGUCGUCGUCGCUUUGGUGUGGAAACGCAAGCAGCUAAAACUUUGUUUCCAGCGACGCAAACAUAGGACCACCGUUAACGGAGAUCAAAUUCACGAACGGGUAGAUAAUUCGAAUAUUCGUGGAUCCUAUUUUCAGCCCACGUCAGAUGUUGGAUACAUGAACGACGCCUACGAUGAGGAUUUGACAUUUAACCCAGAGGUGAACGACGGCAAUACCACGGUAUAUGAUUCCAAAAAAUUGGAUGCCAAACGUGAUGUGGAGCCUUCACAGGUGUCCCUGAACAAUGUAAACGGAUCUCGUGCUCGGUCGGGACCUUUGGACGAAGAGUUGGACAGUUCUAAGGUAUAAAUAUAGACAAUGUGCGAUGCAAUAAUUAUCCCUACUGUUGUACUGUAACUGGUGACUAAUUGAGUUCGAAUGCCAGUUGUCACAGAGAAUGUGCGAGUGAAGUGUCAGGAUCUAGACUGUGCACAAGGCAUGGUUUCUCUAUAAAGCUUCUACAGCAUUUCCGUCAGAUUAAUACUGUGAGGAAUACCACGUAAAAUCACCCAAAAUGUUUCAUCUGGCAAUAAUCAAAUCUGCCUGCUAAUAGCGUCUAACAGAGGCGGAAGGUAAUUGUGUUUAAAUUAGUAAAACGUCUGCCAAAAGGUUUUAUGCAGUGAAAUAUUAAGCUGUAAAGAAAGUAUUUGCUACAUUUUGCCGUCAGUUGUGUGCCUAUACAUGAAUGUAAUCCUUAGAUGUUAACACUUGCCAUGGAUUUAUAAGAUAGUUCAGUUAUAAAAAUGACUGUUUAUGAUGUGUUUGACAUACGGAGUAAUGAUUAUAAAAAUCGAACCGUAUCACUGUUAGUUACGAUUAAAAAUGCGAUAUGGGAGGCCUCAUUUACUUAUCCCAAGGAAAGAGCAUUUUCUCGCUGAAAAAAUGAACUGCUUUGAUCCAAGUCUACGAAUCAACACAUAGAAAUGCUUCAGAUCGGCCUGAAGUUCUACUCUCAAAUAUUCCACGAACGCUUUCAUGCUAUUCAAGAAUACGCAAUCUGUGUCAAAAGUUAAUAUAUGUUUAAAUGUUGACUAGUUUCCGUUUUAUUGAGCUCUAGUCACAUGGUUUGACAUGAAACUGUCAUUUCAAUUUCCGUUUGUGUUUGAAAUAUCUAGAAUCA